GGAGCGGGAGGAGCCGCCGGGCGGGACGCGAGCGGGGGAUUUCUCCUCAGAGGCCAUGGAGCUUUCAGCCAACGAGCUCAGCAUCUAUGACAAGCUCUCAGAGACCAUUGAUCUGGUGAGGCAGACUGGCCACCAGUGUGGCAUGUCAGAAAAAGCCAUUGAGAAGUUCAUCAAGCAGCUCUUGGAAAGAAACGAACCCCAGAGGGGCCCCCCACGGUACCCUGUCUUAGUGGCUCUCUACAAGGGACUGCUCACCCUGGGCCUGGUGUUGCUGACUGUUUACUUGGUGAUCCAGCCCUACAACCCUCUGCCACCUGAAGCACCACUCUCCAGAGCCCAGGCCUGGGGCUCCCUCGUCGGGCACAUCCGCCUGCUGUCCCUGCCCAUUGCCAAGAAGUACAUGUUGGAGAAAUGCCAGGACUGGUGGGCAGCAGGUUGCAGACAGAACACUUCUGCACUCCCUGCAAACUGCACAGUCUGUUCUGCUGUGAAAAGCCUUCACAUAGUGACAGACUUCAGAGAGCUAUCAGAAAAGCUCCAGAGGCAUCAGCCUUUUCUCAUCAAGACAGGGCAGCACCUCUCCUAUGAAGAACUGAAGCAUUUUCAGUCCCAGGAUCCAGAACUGGCAGAGGUUAUAAUAGAAGAAAAUUCAGCUGAAUUAUGGAGCUGCCCAUUUUUCUUUCCCUGGAACAAGUCUGUGAAUAGAUCCCGGAUUCUUCAGGAAUUUUUCCCUGCUUCCUCUUUGCUGUCCUUCCCCAAGACACUGUCCCUGGAGAGCUGCUUCCUCAUCCGCCACCCAGACUUGGGGAAUAAGAGCUACAGCCUGCACAGCCUCUUUGCUGUUGGGAGUGGGCAGCUCACCCUGACUGUGUCACCUCUGGACACGUGCAGAGGACACUGUGAGGUGUUCAAGGUGGAGCUGGAAGCUGGAGAUUUGGGUUAUGCCAGCACAGAUCACUGGACAAUGAGCUUCAUGGCCAGAGGGACAGAGCCAGCUGUGAUUUGUGAUGGAGCUGCCAGCUAAGGAUGCUGGGGUGGGAAAACAGAGCUGUUCCCAGGACAAGACGACUUUCAGCUUUGAAGCCAAGGCAGCGUCUUGAGAGAAGCGAGCCGGGGCAACUGGGGCAGGCAGCUUUGCCACCCUGCAUGUUUACAGUGUUUAAAAAGGACUAUUUUCCUGACCCUUGAGGUAAUCCUUUGCCUUUCCUCAAAUGUAUUUUGGGAGAAGCUCAAGCUAUUUAUGACCCUCCCUGUCCCCUCAGGUAAGCCCUGGGUUUGCAGCAAAGGGGUUUUUUUUCCAGGAGCAGCAGAUGGAUUUCUCAGGAUGAGAUUCACCUUAUGUUCUUUGUGGAUUAUGGCACUUCUGAAACUUCCUGGGGGGUUUGGGAGUGGAUGGGGUGUGUGACAUUUCUGUGUACAUUCCUCCUGAGGAGGAAGCUUUGAGCCUGUGUUGUCAGGCCAGUUCUAUAAAGGGAAUGAAUUGGUGAUGUGUCCCAGCUCUGCCUCACGUCUGCAGCUGUGUGAGCCCUGCAGAGCUGACCUUGGCUCCUGCUCCCUGCCUGGGGAGAGCCUUGAGCCUGAGGGCAGAAACUCUCACCCACUUCAUCCUUCUUGUACCAAAAGAAUCCCUUUGGGCCUCUCUGUGUUGUGUUCACCCUUCUGCAGCUCUCUGUCAGCAGGUUGUGUGAGUGAGUCAAAUGGUAAUUGUGCUUUUCUUCACCUCCACUUCCUUUCCUGCAAAAACACCGACACACAUCUCAGAGGUGCUGGCAGUGGAGGAGUUCUGGAUGGAGCUGGGGCUGGGAGAGAGCAGCUCUGUCCAGCUUUCACCUCAGACACCAAGGGCUGCCCAGCCAUUCUCAGCUGCUCCUUGUUUUUGGAGGCACUGCCUGCGUUCCCAGCCCUCGGUACCUCUGGGAGCACCUGAAACCUCCCUCUUCCCUGGCAUAUUUUUGCAUUGACUCCUUCCAGACCUGGAACUCUGUCUUCAGAAUGAACAUUGGUUUUUCCUGGGUCCUUUCCAAGCUGCCUUUGCGUGUUUCCUGCUGCUGGAGCAGCGCUGUCUCCAGUGCCCUGAGAGAGGCUCGGGUUCGGGCUUUGCAGACUGCGGAUGCUCCGGUCCCUUCCAAGUCUGAUCCUUUGGGUCUGAUCCCACUGCUGAAGAUCAUUUACAGAUGUGUCAGGCUGAACUCACAGGCCAGGGCUGGAGUUCAGGACAUACUCUCUCACACUUGUUCAUAUGGAGUUGGGAGGGGUUUUGGUUGACAACGAGUUAACUCUGUACUCAGGAGCAAGAGCCUUUUUCUCUGUAAAUAUUUUAGGUACAUGUAAAAUGACAGAUUGGGAAAAUGUCUGUCCAGCCUUUGUUUUUGAGGAGAAUGGGAGCAAGCAUUGUGCUAAUCUGAUUGGGAGUUGAUAAAAGCUGCCAAGUGGGAUGACCACUUCUGGCUCCUGUACAAGAAUAAGGCAGAGGACAGUUCCUGCUCCAAAGAAUUCAGUCUGAGGCCUUGACACUACAAACAUUUCUAUGCAUAACCCUUGUUUUUCUCCUGUCAAAACAAUGAGAACAAGCCCAGCACCUGUGUCAGUCUGUGCAUGGCCCUUGGUGCUGGACACACACCAGAUCUAGUAGAACCAAAAUGGGAGAGAGAGUCUGGCUCUCUCAGGAUAGAAAAGGACUGAUAUAAUUUGUUACCAAGUAUUAAAGGGAAUUGGACUAAUAGAACUUCCAUUAGUGUUCUCACUGCUUGGAGUGUAUUUCACACUCAUGACACUACAUUCAAUCUUGUACAUGCCAAGACACACACACACACCACCCCUCUCCCUCCUCUUAAAGCCUGGGUCUUAGUUAAUGGAAAUUUGGGAGUUUAGUGAUGGCAGAAUUAGGGCCUCAUUAGUGACUGUUGCUAUUUACACUUUGGCAGCUUCUCAAAUCAAAUUCAAAGGCUGACCAGGUUACUUCACCUCUUACUGCUUUUGUAUCUGACCCAUUUUUGUAAAGCAUUUGCUCAAAGAUGCUGCUGGAGCCAUUCUUGCUGAGAUUGCGGCGGUUUGGUGACACUGUCACUGCUAAGUGUCCUUGACUGUAACUUGUAAAAGAGCUGCGGAGACAAUUCCCAAGUGUCUGUGAAAUGCCUGGAGUUUGAGAGCCACACUUAAGCCAUUGUGGCUGUCUGGCUCUUUCAGGAAGAAGCAGAGAAAAUGGAUCUAUUUACAGUUGUUGUUUGGACUGGGGGGAGGAAGGGGCAGGUUUUUAGCAGAAAUGUUCUCACGUAGUACUUCUCCCUUCCUCGAAGAGUUGCAGCUGGUUGGACAGGAGCUGGUGAGUCUGGCCUGUUUGCAGAGCAGCCUUCCAAGUGCACUUUAUGGGCUCUGCAUAAGUUUCCAGCUCUGUCUCAGAUACAUUGCAUA